AUGGUCUUAGAGCCUCUCAAAGACCUUGGUUUUGAUUUAGUAAUAAAAGGCAUUAAAGGUCCAUCACAAAUAUUAAUAUUAACAGAAGAAGAUACCAGUAGUGAAGAAGAAGAGAAGCCAAAAAUCCCUAGAAACAAAUUGAUUUUGCUACCUAAAAUUCGAAAUCUUAUAUAA